GUUGUGAAAUUUGUCUCACUGAAAUUCUUUAAAUUUGUACAGGAUUAUUCAUCGGAGUUAUUGACAUUUAAGUUUUAUAAAAUUAUAUAUUAACAAGAAUUUGGAGGAAAUUUAAUUUAGUUUAUCCUUUAUUUGCAUUUCAGACAGCCCUUAAAGGAGAUUAGCUUCACAAAUAUUUCAAUGGCUCAUGGAAAGAAAGAUGGUUUCAGCUAUAUAGAUGGUAUUCCUAUUAAAGUUAUUGAAAAAUACCGCCCGCCAAGAAAAGUCAUGUUGCCCAUUGCUUGUCAUAUUCCCGAUCUGACACCAUUGCUGAAAGAAGAGUAUGACUUUUCUUUGGAAAACAAAGUUUUGAAAUGGACAGAAAAUUACAGACAAGAAAUAAAAGAAGUGGAAGAUGCAAAAAGGAAAAAUAUGGCUUCCGAAACAGAAUUUACGAAACCGGAUAUUUUGAGUGAAUUAAAAUUGCCAGAUAGUGAAGAAAGGGUAAUGCAAAGUGACAGCUGUGAAAAACAGACAGACAGUGAUAUACCUGUGAAUGCAAAUUUUGUUCCAAAAUGGCAAAUACAUUCAAUACUAGAACCUCAACAAGUUCCCUGUCAGUCAGUAAGUAAUGGGUUAGAAAAUGUUAGAUUAAAAAAUAUUAAUAUUUCUGACUUUGAAAGUGAAUCUACCAGUCCGUUUGAUUAUGUAGAACUCCAAACUAUCAAUGAUUUAGAAGAGUUGAAUAGUGUCUUCCAAGACAUGAAUGUUGUGAAACACAGUACAAAUAAUGCUCUCGAACAAAAUAACCCUUCGAAUGUUUCAUUAGAUGUAGGUAUUUGCCACACGAAUUGGGAAUUUCAAAACAGAUUUCAGUUCGGAAAUGAUAGAACUGUUAUGAAACGCACGCUUUCGCAACCCAUCUUUGAAUCGGCCGUGCGCCAUCAAAAUCACUCUGCAAAUCAGUUUGUUGCCACAUCAGUGACAAGUAACCCAUGCUUGAAACAAAAUACUCUAGAAAAUUCUUGUAAGAUGUAUUCGGCCUCAUUGGGAAAUCCACCAACUGAGGGUAGUGCCCUAUUUAAUAAUACAUAUAACUUUAGUGAUAAAGAUUCUAACUGUUCCCCUUAUUCUUCGUUAAGUGCUUCUGUAAUCAGAAACUCUAGAAGUAUUUCAGAUUUAAGAAAAAUUACAGAUUUAAAUGCAGAAGAGGAUCACACGUCCUGGAGACCAAACACACCUCCACUUAAAUCUUCUAAAUCUGUUUCUGUAGAUAAGGAGCAUUUUUCGCUUCCUGAUCUCUUCGAUGAAUUAACAACUGAAGGUAAAAAUUUAGUCAGUUCGAUUCAGGAAAUGGGAUUUCCUAGAGGUCAAGUAGCACGUGCCGUCAAACAUAUGGGAAUGGACAGUAAAAAGGUGAUAGAACACCUUUGUCAAAUUCAGCAGCUCGUGGAAAUGGGUCACAACGACAGUGAUGCCGAGAUAGCUCUUCAUUUUAACGAGUAUAGUAUAGAAGAGGCAAAGAAAUUUCUAGAUCUGAUGAAUCAACUGAUAGGAUUGGGAUUUAAAAAGAAUGCAGUAAUAAAGGCUCUGGUACAGCACGGUAGCGAUCAAGAUAAGGUCCUAGAUGCACUACUGUCAUGAUCCGUAAACAGAUGAUAAUAUAAUAUGAUUUUGUACAUAAUGUUAAUAAUGAAUGUCCUUUGGCAAAAUUUAAAAAUUUAUCGACAUUCCAAAAUUUUUUUAUGAGAGUGAUCUUCGAUAUUGUUCGGUUCGUUUGUUUCCUUUAUCGAAACGACGUCCACAUCAGUUGUUUUUGGUCUGAAAUAUUAACAUGCAAGUUUUUGCCUUAGUAGUGUAAAUAGUCAAGAAGCACUCAAUUUAAAUGUGAAUUUUUACAGAUAUGAAAACAAACAAAUGAUGUGCUCAAAGAAGACAGUCAAAAGGGAAAAAAAAUGCUUCUUGUUCCGCCCAUGUUCUUGCGAACACAUCGUGUGAUCAGUUUAAAUCUUUAAAAUUUUUCUCCUAAAGUUAUAAAAAUUUAUUAAGCCAUUUGCAUGUUACAUCACCACUGUCAGGU